CUGAGAAAGAACUAGUCUAAACCCUAACUCCGUCGCCGGCGAGACUUAGCUUCCAAUUCGGAAGAGUUCCUCAUGUUCGCCAAUGGAAAACUGGGGCUCCUUUCUAUUCGGCGGCACCAACUUCGAUAGGAAGAAGUUCGCCGGCGUUUUUGGUUGGUUCAAGUUUCCAUUUUUCUCUGACAAGAAAGAAACCGAUAGUAAAGUGGAGGACUUGCCGUUGUUCGACAAUGGAAGCCUCGAACCAGAGGAACCAGCAGUUUCCAUCAAGAAGAGAAAGCGAAAGGGAAAGCGUGGAAUGGCAAUGCAGAAGAGGGUGAAAGCACUUCAUCAACUGCAGCAUUUAUUGUCCAGAUCUGAGUUCUGUCCUGUUGAAGCUGCUCUUAAAGCGGGAGCUAUACCCUUACUUGUUCAGUGUCCUUCAUUUGGCUCUCCAGAUGAACAAGUUUGAAGAAUUGAAGUUAUUUUGGACUUCAUUGCUUUACCAUUAGGAAUGUUUCUCUUCCCUCUAUAGGCAUAAUCCUAAAUUCUAGUUUAUGGCACUUGUUUAUCUAAUCCUUGUAAAAUUCACUUACAUUGAUCAUGUAUCUAGUAGAUUUGUGUUCUUCAGACCAUUUAGAGUUUUAAAUGAAGUGAUAAUUCUAGGAAUUUAAACAAAUAUAUUUUGAUGUCUUUGUUUUAUCUGUCAUACCACAGUUUCUUGAGGCAGCCUGGUGUCUUACAAAUGUUGCAGUUGGAAAACCAGAAGAAACAAAAGCUCUGUUGCCUGCAUUACCUUUGCUUAUUGCUCACCUUGGAGAAAAAAGUUCCUUCCCUGUUGCUGAACAGUGUGCGUGGGCAUUGGGAAAUGUAGCUGGUGAAGGAGAGGAGUUGAGGAAUGUUUUGCUAUCUCAAGGGGCCUUACCACCUCUUGCAAGAAUGAUGCUGCCAAACAAAGGUUCCACUGUGAGAACAACUGCUUGGGCAUUGUCAAACCUUAUCAAGUGAGCUUGAAUGUAGGGACCAGAUCCUAAAGCUGCGACAGAACUCAUCAGAGUUGAGGGAGCACUAGAUUCAAUUCUCCAGCACUUACGAAAAUUGUAAGUGAAGAUUUGAAACUAGCUAAAAUGAAUUCUGGGUAUUACUGAUUUUAAAGGCCUUUUGGACUGUGAAUUCUGAAUAUUCUUAUGCAUGCCAUGUGGAGGAAGGAUAUUGUUUGGAAAGGUUUCUAUCAUUGAUUCUGCUCUUUCAUCCAAACCCAUGUCACUGCAUCUGACUGAUCCAUUUCUAGGUGCAUGAGUCAAUGAAAGUAGGACUUGACA